CAGCGGCGGCGGGGCCGGGGGGCUGCAGCCCAGCAGCCGGGCCGGCGGCGGCCGGCCCUCCAGCCCCAGCCCGUCGGUGGUGAGCGAGAAGGAGAAGGAGGAGUUGGAGCGGUUGCAGAAGGAGGAGGAGGAGAGGAAGAAGAAACUGCAGCUCUAUGUGUUCGUGAUGCGCUGCAUCGCCUACCCCUUCAACGCCAAGCAGCCCACCGACAUGGCUCGCCGGCAGCAGAAGAUCAGCAAACAGCAGCUGCAGACAGUCAAGGACCGGUUUCAGGCUUUCCUCAAUGGGGAAACCCAGAUCGUGGCUGAUGAAGCCUUCAUGAACGCAGUCCAGAGUUACUAUGAGGUGUUCCUGAAGAGUGACCGUGUGGCCCGCAUGGUGCAGAGUGGGGGCUGCUCUGCCAAUGACUCGCGGGAGGUCUUCAAGAAGCACAUUGAGAAGAGGGUGCGCAGUCUGCCUGAGAUCGAUGGCCUCAGCAAGGAGACGGUGCUGAGCUCCUGGAUGGCCAAGUUUGAUGCCAUCUACCGCGGGGAAGAAGACCCCAGGAAGCAGCAGGCCCGGAUGACUGCUAGCGCAGCCUCCGAGCUGAUCCUGAGCAAAGAGCAACUCUACGAGAUGUUCCAGAACAUUCUUGGGAUAAAGAAGUUUGAACAUCAGCUCCUGUAUAAUGCAUGCCAGCUGGACAAUCCAGAUGAGCAAGCGGCACAGAUCAGACGAGAGCUGGAUGGACGACUCCAGAUGGCAGACCAAAUAGCCAGGGAACGCAAAUUUCCCAAGUUUGUAUCCAAAGAAAUGGAAAACAUGUACAUUGAGGAGCUGAAGUCCUCUGUCAACCUGCUCAUGGCCAACUUGGAGAGCAUGCCGGUGUCUAAAGGUGGCGAGUUCAAGCUGCAGAAGCUCAAACGCAGCCACAACGCUUCCAUCAUCGACAUGGGGGAGGAGAGUGAGAACCAGCUCUCCAAGUCUGACGUUGUGCUGUCUUUCUCCUUGGAGGUCUUAGUUAUAUUUGUUCAGGAUCUUGGGUCACAUGCUCCUAAUUACAAGAUUGCCUGUUCAAUGCAUUGUGAAGGCAGAGAUCUCCACACUGACCUUUCUGAUUCUGUCCACAGCUGGGGCACCCAGGGUGACUUCUCGACGACCCAUGCACUGCCUGCUGUGAAGGUGAAGCUGUUCACAGAAAGCACAGGCGUCCUGGCCUUGGAGGACAAGGAGUUGGGACGGGUUAUUCUCCAUCCCACCCCAAACAGCCCCAAACAGUCAGAAUGGCACAAAAUGGCAGUAUCCAAAAACUGUCCCGAUCAAGACCUCAAAAUCAAACUUGCUGUCCGAAUGGAUAAGCCUCAAAACAUGAAGCAUUCUGGGUAUUUAUGGGCCAUCGGUAAGAAUGUCUGGAAGAGAUGGAAGAAAAGGUUUUUUGAACUGAGAGAUGAGGGAAGUGCCACUUCUUCGCUGGGACAUUUGACAUCCGUGGAUGGUAAACAUGCCCACGAGCUUUUCGCCAAAGCCCGAGGAUGCUCGUUCUCCCACAGGCUCCUUGCAGACAAGCUAGAUGCAGAAAUGCUAAGAUUGGAGGGUGGCCGCGCCUUCUUCAAUGCAGUCAAAGAAGGAGACACCGUGAUAUUUGCCAGUGACGAUGAGCAAGACCGCAUCCUGUGGGUCCAGGCCAUGUAUCGGGCCACCGGGCAGUCCCACAAGCCUGUGCCCCCGACCCAAGUCCAGAAACUCAACGCCAAGGGAGGGAAUGUGCCUCAGCUGGACGCCCCCAUCUCCCAGUUUUCUGGACUGAAGGACGCAGAUAGAGCUCAAAAACAUGGCAUGGAUGAAUUUAUCUCGUCCAACCCCUGUAACUUUGACCACGCUUCACUCUUUGAGAUGGUGCAACGUCUUACUUUGGAUCACAGACUUAAUGAUUCCUAUUCUUGCCUGGGCUGGUUCAGUCCUGGCCAGGUGUUUGUACUAGAUGAGUACUGCGCACGAAAUGGAGUCCGAGGGUGUCACCGACAUCUCUGCUACCUCAGAGACUUGCUGGAACGGGCAGAAAAUGGCGCCAUGAUUGACCCCACCCUUCUUCACUACAGCUUUGCCUUCUGCGCAUCCCACGUCCAUGGGAACAGGCCUGAUGGAAUUGGAACUGUGACUGUAGAAGAAAAGGAGCGUUUUGAAGAAAUCAAAGAAAGACUCCGAGUUCUGUUGGAAAAUCAGAUUACACAUUUUAGGUAUUGCUUUCCAUUUGGUCGACCUGAAGGUGCUUUAAAAGCUACUCUCUCACUCUUGGAAAGGGUCUUGAUGAAGGAUAUCGUUACCCCAGUGCCACAAGAGGAGGUAAAAACAGUCAUCCGUAAAUGUCUAGAGCAGGCUGCACUAGUCAACUAUUCUCGGCUCUCAGAGUAUGCCAAAAUCGAAGGGAAAAAGAGAGAAAUGUAUGAGCAUCCUGUCUUCUGCUUGGCCUCCCAAGUGAUGGAUUUAACCAUUCAGAAUCAAAAGGACGCAGAAAAUGUAGGCCGGUUAAUCACGCCUGCCAAAAAGCUCGAAGACACAAUCCGUCUUGCUGAACUAGUCAUUGAAGUUCUUCAGCAGAACGAAGAGCACCACGCAGAGGCUUUUGCGUGGUGGUCAGACUUGAUGGUGGAGCACGCUGAGACGUUCCUGUCACUCUUUGCGGUGGACAUGGAUGCAGCCUUAGAGGUGCAGCCCCCAGACACAUGGGACAGUUUCCCACUGUUUCAGCUGCUGAAUGAUUUCCUGCGUACCGAUUAUAAUUUGUGCAAUGGAAAAUUUCACAAGCAUCUGCAGGACCUGUUCGCCCCACUUGUGGUUAGAUAUGUGGAUUUGAUGGAGUCCUCAAUUGCACAAUCCAUUCACAGGGGCUUUGAGCGGGAGUCAUGGGAACCAGUCAAGAGUUUAACCAGUAACCUACCCAAUGUGAACCUACCCAAUGUGAACCUUCCCAAAGUACCAAAUCUACCAGUUAACAUCCCUCUAGGCAUCCCACAAAUGCCUACUUUUUCGGCACCGUCAUGGAUGGCUGCUAUAUAUGAUGCUGAUAACGGAUCAGGCACUUCAGAAGAUCUGUUCUGGAAACUCGAUGCCCUUCAAACCUUCAUUCGGGACUUGCACUGGCCCGAAGAAGAGUUUGGAAAGCACCUGGAACAGCGGCUGAAGCUGAUGGCAAGUGACAUGAUUGAAUCCUGUGUCAAAAGAACCAGGAUUGCAUUUGAAGUUAAGCUGCAAAAAACCAGUCGAUCAACAGAUUUUCGAGUCCCACAGUCAAUAUGCACCAUGUUUAAUGUUAUGGUUGAUGCCAAAGCUCAAUCAACAAAACUUUGCAGCAUGGAAAUGGGCCAAGAGCAUCAAUACCAUUCAAAAAUAGACGAACUAAUUGAAGAAACUGUUAAAGAAAUGAUAACACUCUUGGUUGCAAAGUUUGUUACUAUCUUGGAAGGAGUCCUGGCAAAAUUAUCCAGAUAUGACGAAGGGACUUUGUUUUCUUCUUUUUUGUCAUUUACCGUGAAGGCAGCCUCCAAAUAUGUGGAUGUACCUAAACCCGGGAUGGACGUGGCCGACGCCUAUGUGACUUUCGUCCGCCACUCUCAGGAUGUCCUUCGUGAUAAGGUCAAUGAGGAGAUGUAUAUAGAAAGGUUAUUUGAUCAAUGGUACAACAGCUCCAUGAACGUGAUCUGCACCUGGUUGACGGACCGAAUGGACUUACAGCUUCACAUUUAUCAGUUGAAAACACUAAUUAGGAUGGUAAAGAAAACCUAUAGGGAUUUCAGAUUGCAAGGGGUCCUGGACUCGACCUUGAACAGCAAGACAUAUGAAACCAUCCGGAACCGUCUUACUGUGGAGGAAGCCACAGCGUCAGUGAGCGAGGGUGGGGGCCUGCAGGGCAUCAGCAUGAAGGACAGCGAUGAGGAAGACGAGGAAGAUGAUUAGAACGCUGGGGCCUGGCGUCCUUCAGGACGAGUCCUGUAAUCAAUGCAUGUCCUUAGUCUGUUAGUUAACCCCAUUAGGGAAUUUUCUGUCAACGACCAUGCUCAUGAGAUGUUUACCAAUACAAUUGCCAUUUUAGCUCUGUGGUAUCCAGAUUAGCAAAUGACCUUCGAAUCCACCAUUUCCUGAUCCAUGUCUAUAUGUUUACAAGCAAUAUGGAGCACCAUUCUUUAAAUACUGUUCAUGGAGAAUACAUAGUCCACCUGCUAGGUGUGCCCCUGUUAUCAGCCCAGUUCAAUGAUGCUUCAUUAAUGUACUGUGUAUACAUUGACAGUAAAUGGAUAUGAGGGCGAGUACACCAGGUACUCUCACUUCUUUGUUUCACGUAUGUGGGUGCCAGUUAUGUAAAUGAGUACAAUAAGUUAAUGAAGACACAUGGAUCUGCUUCGUUUUUUGAAAAACAAAAGGCAAAGCCCAAACAACUAACUUUGGGUUCUUUGUUUCCCUAAAACAAAAAAAAUGAGCCCCUGGUGUCCUUGUUAACCCAUCGUUUCAUUUAUCCCAGUUAGCCAAAACAGGACGGCUACAUACCAAUGGA